GCGGAUCCGACACCAUGCUGCCGCGCUACAGCCGCACUUUCACCCGCACAAAGUUCCGCUCAAGCAGAAGCAUCUAGUUUGGUCCCCGAACAUCUGGAUUCUGUUGGAUAUUUUCAUUUUUUCGCAUUUUUUCCCUUUGGUUGUUAUUGAAUUUCUACAAACAGUUGCAGAUUCUGCGGUCGAAAAUGUUGCAAAGCUUCUGCCAGUCUCCGGACUGGUUCUGCUCGGAGCCGCUUCUGUUCGACGAUGAGUUCUGCCAGAGCCUGAUGAAGGACCUGCAGGCGCUGCCGACGCCGCCCCAGUCGCCCCCCACCAAGGCCGGGCCGGGCGACGGCAAGCCCCUGUCCAAGGAGGACCAGCUGAGCUACGUGUCGGACAUCCUGCUGGAGGACCACGACAUGCAGCAGCUGGGCUGGCCCUGCUCCGACCUGUUCCGGCCCGACGCCGCGGGCAAGGAGGACGGCGGGCCCAGCCGGCCCGGCUCGCCCCUGGAGGCCGGCGGAGAGGACUGCCUGUGGCAGUGCCUGGCCGAGGAGAAGCUGGUGGUGUCCAUGCUGGGCUCCAGCCCGCUGCUCUCCGACAUCGACACCAGCAUCUUCGAGGAGAUCGCCGGCUCCAUGCUGGACUGCCAGGACCUGAUGGGGGCGCAGGAGCCCAGCGAGGCCACGUCCGACUACGGCUCGGCCAGCAGCGAGAUGUCGCCCUGCUCGUCCAGCGACUCUGAAGAAGAAAUCGAUGUUGUCACGGUGACGCGCUGCCCGUCGAGCCCCUCCCCCCCGCCCUCGUCGUCCGACCUCUCGGUCCGCAAGCAGAAGCAGCAGCAGGAGGAGGAGGAGCAGCGGGCGCUGCAGCGUCACAUGUUUGAGAUCCAGCUGCAGCACAACUACGCGGCGCCCUGCCCGGCCUCGCCGCCGCUGCCGUCCAGCAAGCGCUCGCGAGGCGGCGACGGCUCGUCGUCGCGCUCGCACCACUCCCUGCGCAGCUCCCACUCCUCCUCAUCAUACUCGUCAUCCUCCUCCUCAUCCUCAUCCUCGUCGUCGUCGCGGUACCAGCACCAGCAGCAGUCGCCGCGCAGCUCGGCGGAGACGGAGGACGAGGAGGAGCGGCGGCGGACCCACAACGUGAUGGAGCGGCAGCGGCGCAACGAGCUGAAGAACUGCUUCGUGCGGCUGCGGGACAACGUGCCGGAGCUGUCGCGCAACGACAAGGCGUCCAAGGUGGUGAUCCUGAAGAAGGCGCGGGACUGCAUCUACGGCCUGGAGGACGAGGCCCGCCGGCUGCAGGGCAAGCGGGAGCGGCUCCGGGCCAAGCAGGACGAGCUGAAGGCGCGGCUGGAGCGGCUGCGCCGGUAGUGGAACGGACAGGGUUUCUAGGGGGGGGUUGUACAGAGACUUAAAGGCGGCCGCCGCCGGUGCUGCGACGCGCACAUUUCAAAGACUUUAUGGUAUGAAUCGACACUGGCUCGUGAUUCAGAGACUCAACACACUUGUGGCCUCGACUGCUGACUGUAAAGGUGGUUUGUUUGUUUGUUUUUUUAAUUUAGCCACGCCCCUCGUUCUGUUUUUUUUUUUUUUUUUUUUUUGGAUGCAAAAACGGCACAAGUGAAAACGAGACAAAGCCAGACCUUCCUGUCAAGGCCGAGCAACUGGAAACGUUUUAAAACUUGAAUAUUGUGUUCUUCAGGAUGUGUGAUAGCCAUAUUUACCCAGAGAUCCCUCCACGGUGACAGGUCUUACGCUGGCUUUAUUUGAAGUUAUUCGGACAACGUUUCGGUUUCUGAUCCGAUGGAAACAUUGGAUCCAAUGUUCAAAAAACUUGACUUGCUAUGAUUAUUGUUCGGUAGCAUUCAGAGCUUCUCACCAGAGAAUAAACUGUUCAUCAUCAUCAUCAUCACCAUAUUUCACUGUGCCUGAUGCAAAACGUCACUGUGAUUCUUCUGCAGCUGAUAAGGUGCAAAACCUCCGGGAAAGUAAAUGUUAUCCUGUGUUUGAUUGGACCGUUGGGUCGGAGAUGCAGCCACUGCCUCACAACCUUUUAAGCUAUGAAUCACUUUGUCUUGAUGAGGAGGUACAGCGGCGGCGUUGUUGGCGUUGGCCAACAUCUUUCACUUGUUUCGUGCCAAACUAAAUCCGAUGGACGCAGCAUCAAGCGGUCGGUUAAAACUAUAAAAAAGCGCCGCUGUACUUCUUCACCAAGCCCUCAAAUCGACUCUUUAUCAGCUGUUUUUCUGCAGAACUUUUAUGCCAAUGUUGUCCAUUGAUGGUCUAUUUAUAAUGAAACCGAAACGAUUAAACUUUGCAUGUUUGUCAUAUGUCUUAAAAUGCAUAUUUUAUAUAAAAGUUCUUCCGACUUUUUUCAGGUGACUUGAACAGAUUCUGGUUUACAGGAGGGUUCCGGUGUAGUUUUGGUUUCGUUAGCCGUUUGGCCUUAAAAUCCAUUUUUUUUCCCGGGAGCCGUAUGGCUUCUGCUGUCUGGUUAAAAUGUCGUCGUCUUCUUCCGACGUGGAGCCGAACGUUUUUAGUUUUUUCCUCGUGUUUUGAUUUUGUUGGGUCUCAGAGUUGCCUUUUCUGAGACGGAGAUGCCGGGAGGUUUUAACGAGACAGCAGGGAUGUCUUUAGAUCUUCUUCCACAUUAAAUUUGACAAACCUACCUCCACCUGACUGCAGUUGGGUUUGUGUUGUGUGUUUUCAUUUUUUUUUUUCUUAAAAUUUGUACAGUUUUAAUAUGUAAAUGUGUUAUUGUAAUAUAAAUUAUUUUAGUCGUAUAUAUCAUUUUUUUUUUAAUGUGUUUGUGGAAUUGAAACUAAAGCACCUUUUUUUUUUUUUUUUCUUUUUUUUUUUCUUUUUUUUUUAUAAAAAUUAAAUUGAUAGUUGCAAAGUUCUUGUGGAUUUUUCUUUCUCUUUAAUUUAAUUUCAGUUGCUUGGAGCACCUUCCAUAGGGAAUAUCAAGUUUUACUGUUCAAACGAUAAAUUAUGUUUUUCGGUGUUAUAGUAUAACUUGAAAUAAAAGUUACAAGCUCUUGAAUACGAGAGUUCCUUUCA